AUGUUGAUUGCAACCACCUUCAAGCACGAUGCCUCUCAGUUACGCAUCCAUAACAAGAACGGCUCGAAGCAACCUCCUCUAUCUUACAUUGAAAAUCAUUUCCGCCUCCCAUCGUUGACCCUUUUGGAGCGAUUUCUAGGGUUUGAAUCAACAUUUAACCUUAUCGACAAUCGAUCUGAUGCACUCAUCACCUUUUGUUACCUUUCGAGAAUUCUCUUGAUGUACCAGCCGAAGCAACUUGGGUUAAUACAUAUGAAAGGUUAUCACCGCGCUGGAAAUCCAUUCGUCCUUCCUUCUCAGGAAGGAAUUGAUGCACUGAAAGAGGUGAUUUGCCAAAGGUAUCUAUCUUUGAGUAAAUUACUUUCUGUUGGAAUUGCUGGCAUCCAUUGGUCUGGGGUUGAUGUUCAAGACAAUGUGCUUGUUCUUGACCUUCUUGGGCCUAGUCUUGAGUAUCUAUUUGUCUAUUGUGGAAGAACAUUCUCGUUGAAGACAGUUUUAAUGUUAGCUGAUCAAAUGCUUACAAGAAUAGAACUGAUGCAAGCUAAAGGAUUUCUGCAUAGAGACUUGAAACCAGAUAAUUUUCUCAUGGGUCUAAGCAGGAAAGCAAAUCAGGUCUAUGUUAUUGAUUUUGGACUUGCUAAAAGAUACCGUGAUCCCACCACAAGUUGCCAUAUUCCCUACAAAGAAAACAAAAACUUGACAGGGACUGCAUGUUAUGCUAGUUGUAAUACCCAUUUGGGAAUUGAACAAAGCUGGCGUGAUGACUUGGAGUCUUUGGGCUAUGUUUUCUUGUACUUUUUGAGAGGAAUUCUUCCAUGGCAGUGUCUAAAAGGUGCAACAAAGAAGCAAAAAUAUGACAAAAUAUGUGAAAAGAAAGUAUCGACUCCUAUUGAGAUGGUAGCUUACAUUAGCAGAUCUAAUAAUGAUGGUCCUGGAUGUUUGACUUUGAGAUGCCCAAUUCCAUCCUGUGGUGCUGCUGUAGAUGUGGACAUGGUCAAUAUGAAUUGGUAA